UUAAGUGACAGCGGUCUGUAAAAUCAUACGAUAAAAAAUAAUAAAUUAAAUUGACGGAAGAAUGUGGUGUUAAUGGAAUGUGAAAGUUUGAUUUUUGUUCGAAGAAAGAAAAAAAAAUAUAAAUUUUAAUUUUUUUUUUUUUUGGUUUGCUACUAUAGAUUUAAUAUAUUUUAAAAUAGUUUUUAAAAAAUUAAAUGAAAAACAGAAUCUUCAAAAUAGAAUAGAAUCAGAAAAGAUGACAAGAAAAAAAUAUUAAUCCCAAUGUUAAAUAUGAGGCUGUAAAUUUUUCUAUUUUUAUUGUUUCUUUCAUCAAAAAAAAAAAAAAAAUAUUAAGGUUUUAAACCUUACUUUAUAUUUUUAGUUUUUUUUUUUAAGAAAUACACUUGUAAAUUAAACAUGAUAAAAUUUAAAAAUUAAUAGUUAAUAUUCAAUAAAAAUAUACAUUGUAACAUAAAUUUUUAAUUAAUAUUAAUUAGAUAAUAAAAAAAUAAAAUAAAAAUAUAAAAUACUCCUAAUUUAAAUUAGAAAAUAAAAAUUGAAAUUUAAUUUGCAAAUUACUGCUAAGGAUUAAACUGUCACAAUGUCAGAAAUUGAUGGAAGUGCUGCUGCUAGUGGUGGUGGUGUUGGAUGUGGUGGAGAUUUAGAUCCCCGUAUACAGGUUGAAUUGGAAAAUCUUAAUACGGCCACAGAUGAAAUUAAUAAAUUGGAAAUUGAAUUAGAGGAAGCUAAUACAACAUUCAAUAUUUUAAUGAAUGAAUCAACACGCCGUUUAAAAUUAUUAAUAAAAAAAUUAGGUAAUUGUAUUGAAAAGGCUCGGCCAUAUUAUGAUGCAUUAGAGAAAUCUCGUGAGGCUCAAAUUGAAUGUCAAGCUGCAGCAGUUAAAUUUCAACGUGCUAAUGAAAAUCAUGCUGCUGCAAAAGAAACUGUUGCAUUAGCUGAACAACGUUUUAUGAGUAAUUCACAUGAAUGGCAAUUUGAUAAUGCAUGGCAAGAAAUGUUAAAUCAUGCCACACAAAAAGUAAUGGACGCAGAAAUAAAAAAAGCUGAAUGUCAUGCUGAACAUCAAAGAAAAGCACAAAUUUUUAAUGCAAUUGAAAUGAAAGUACAACAAUUAGAAGAACGUUAUCGACGUAGUAUACAAAAAUCUCGACCAUAUUUUGAAGAAAAACAAAUAUGUAAAGAUCAACUUCAAACACAAAAAAAUCGGAUUUUAGAAUUAAAAGUUCAAGUAGCAGCAGCUAAACAAACCUAUUCAACAGCUUUAAGAAAAUUAGAACAAAUAAGUGAAGAGAUUCAUAAACAACGUGGUGAUAUCGUUUUAAGUGGAUCACCUAGUAAUUAUCCAAAUGGUUUACCGGUUAAUAGACCACCUCCACCGGGUCCACGGGAACCAGGCGUUGGUGCUGAAUUAUCAUUAGAUUUUAAUUUAGAUUUGGAUAAAUGUGGCAGUAGUGAUGGUGGCAGCAGUAACGGUGGUGGUGAUAAUGAUGAUCUUCCAUCAAUGACUGAUAGUGAAUAUUCAAUACAAACGAAUUCAAGUAAUCAUAAUAAUUCAUUAUCUGGUGUUUCUAUUACUACAACAACAGCAACAAUAAUAACAAAUGAACAACAUUUAUAUAAUAAUAAUAAUAAUAAUAAUAAUAAUAAUAAUAGUAACAUAAAUAGUAAUAAUAUUAAAAAUGAUCUCGAAUCUACUGAUGAUAAUAAUGACAAUGUUAUAGAUUUAGAAGAAAAAUUACGUCAAAAAGUUAAAACAUUAGCUGUUAGACCAGUUGAAGGCGGUGACGGAUGCCAACAACAACAAGAUAAUUGGGAAAUGGAAUUAAAUGCAACUGUCGAUAAAUUAGAUCAUUUAAUGAUGAUGAAAGAAUGUGCUGCAGCUGCUGCUGCUGCAUCGGUAACAAAUCUAAACACAACAUCAAUAAAUAAUUCUUCUAUUAUAAAUACAACGCCAAACACAAUUAAUAAUUAUAUUAAUCAUAAUAAUGUGAUCAAUAAAAAAUCUCAAGAAACACAAACUCCAACAAAAUUAACAACAUCUGGCAAUAAUCAUAUUAUUAAUUCAUUAACACCGCAUUUAUUAUUACAAAAUAAAUUCUAUUUAUCAAAUAUAUAUGGUAAUAAAAAUAAUAAAAUAAAUAAUUUUAAAACAGAAAUAUCUAUAACAGCAAAUGCUACACCCCAAUCAAUCAGUAUUGAUAAUUUAAAUAUAACAAACAGUUUGCCAGGAACACCAGAAAAAAUUUCAUCUAUAAAAAAAUUGAAAAAAUUAGAACCACUACCAUCAGUUAAUGUAUCAAUGAGAGAACUUCCAUUAUUAGCUGGUCUAUCAACUGAAGUUAUUGAUAAAGGUAUUGGUUAUACAAAGCAAAGAAGAAGAUCAUUAGAAUAGAAAUUUUCAAUUAUUAUAUAUAUUUAAUAGAAUUUAUAUUUAAUAGAACAAAAUAUUCAAUAGAAUUGAAAUAAUAAUGCAAAUUUUUUGUUUGUGUUAUUUUCUUUUUAAUUUCAAUUUUUUUUUGUUUUUUUUUUUUUUCUCUAAAAUGAUAUUAUUUGAUGAAUUUCAAUUAUCAAAUUUAUUUUAAGAAAGCUUCCAAGUUUUACAAAAACAUCAUACAUAUUGUAUAGUUUCGUAGUAUAUAAGAACUGAAAUUAAAUUUUCAAUUUAUAAAAACAAAAAACAACAGAAAAAAAAACGUUUUAAGGUAAUGAAUUCAAGAAAGAAUAACUAUAAAAAUAAAUAUUAUUAAAAUAGAAAUUUUAUUUAUUAGAAGAAAAAACAAACCUCCUGUAAAGUCCCCCCCUCCCACUUCCUCCUAAAAUCAAUUGACACAUAUACAAAAAAAAAAUAUAUAAAUAAAAGAAAAUUAAAUAAUUAAAAUUUUAAAUAGUUUCUAAUUAUUAUAGUUUAAAAUUUAAUAGAACCUGCGUUAAAUUAAAAAUAAAAAAAAAAAAUUAAAAUUGUAUCAAUCAAACCUGUAAACAAUUGUAUGGUUGAAUAUACAAACACACAUACACCAUAUAGAUCAAUAUGCAUUAUUAUCUUGACAUAACAAAACUAUCUUUGUUAUGCUGAGAUAUUUUUAUUAAUAUAAUAUAAAACAAGUAAUUUUGCUGAAUUCAGCUAAAUAUUAAAACUGUAAUGUGAUUUCAAAAAAAAAAAUUAAAUAAUUUUAUUAUUUAAAAACAUGAAAAGCUCGAAUUAAAUGUUA